AUGUCGUCCACCACGCCCCUCAACUUUGCCCCCUACUCGGAACCACCCGACCUCAACCCGGCCCACACCCGCUGGGCUCCUCCACCCGCCGCCGGCCCCGGUCCCUCGGCUUCGUCGUCCUCGUCCCCGUCCGCCGCACCGUACGAGGGCUACCAGGGCGGCGCAUCCGUCUCGUCCCUCGGCCAGGGCAACUCGUUCGGCAGCGCCGGCGGCUACGCCAACCUCGGCGCGACCGGGUCCGGCGGCGCACCAGGCUCGAGCAGCUUCGAGGUGACGCUCUGGCGCAACGACUACGAGGCCGCCGGCGCCUACGCCCUCGGCCCGUUCGGCGCAGCCGUCCUCCUCGUGUUCGAGAUCGAGUCCGACUACGUCCGCUUCCACGCGUGGCAGUCCAUCCUCCUCUGCGUCGGCCUCGUCCUGCUCCACUUUGUCGGUCAGCUCUUUGGUCGGUGGCUGCAGUACUUGCUCUUCCUCGGCGACGUCGUCAUCCUCGGACUCAUGAGCCUGCGAGCGUACCACGACGCCGACGUCCUCGAGCGCCACCACCUGCCAAUCAUAGGCGACCUCGCCAACUCGUGGGUCGCGACCGAGUAA